AUGCGUUUCUCUACCACACUCGCUACUGCAGCCACUGCGCUACUAUUCACUGCUUCUCAAGUUUCAGCUUUGGGUAACCUAGCUUUCAACUUGGGUGUCAAGAACAACGAUGGUACUUGUAAGUCUACUUCUGAUUAUGAAACUGAGUUGCAAGCCUUGAAAAGCUACACCUCCACCGUUAAAGUUUACGCUGCGUCCGAUUGUAACACUUUGCAAAACUUGGGUCCUGCUGCCGAAGCUGAGGGGUUUAGCAUUUUUGUCGGUGUCUGGCCAACAGACGACAGCCAUUAUGCUGCUGAAAAGGCUGCUUUGCAAACAUAUUUACCAAAAAUCAAAGAGUCCACUGUUGCUGGUUUCUUAGUCGGUUCUGAAGCAUUAUACCGUGACGAUCUAACUGCUUCCCAACUAUCUGAUAAAAUCAACGAUGUCCGUAGCUUUGUUGCUGACAUUUCCGACUCUGACGGAAAAUCUUACUCUAGUAAGCAAGUCGGUACUGUCGAUUCCUGGAACGUCUUGGUUGCUGGUUACAACUCUGCCGUUAUCGAAGCCUCUGAUUUUGUCAUGGCUAACGCUUUCUCUUACUGGCAAGGACAAACGAUGCAAAACGCGUCUUACUCCUUCUUUGAUGACAUUAUGCAAGCUUUACAAGUCAUUCAGUCUACUAAAGGUAGUACUGAUAUUAGUUUCUGGGUUGGUGAAACUGGUUGGCCAACCGAUGGUACCAACUUUGAAAGUUCUUACCCUUCCGUCGACAAUGCCAAACAAUUCUGGAAGGAAGCUGUCUGUUCUAUGAGAGCUUGGGGUGUUAACGUCAUUGCCUUUGAAGCGUUCGAUGAAGACUGGAAGCCAAACACCUCUGGUACCUCUGAUGUCGAAAAGCAUUGGGGUGUUUUCACUUCAAGUGACAAUUUGAAGUACUCUUUGGGCUGUGACUUUUCUUAA